GAUGUACACGGCUAUUGUGGCCUUCUUGACACUGUUGUCUGUGGACAUUCGGUCUGCCUGCCAAGUGUGAUUGUAGUAGAGGGGAACAGGAAUGCAUAUGUGUUCUCUUGAUUGAUGUAAAGCAAACAAACUCUGGGUUUUAUCCGUUCCUGUCAGCUUUUCUGAAAUAUCCAUCGCAGAGAAUAAACAUUCCUGUCGAUCCAGCGCCGGGCCUGUUUGAUCUGUUGACUGUCCUGAUGGCGGCUGUGAGGAGAAUGAACAAACUGUAUGGAGUGUGUUUCCAUGCUGCUCGUCAGACGGCACCGAGGAUGCUUCAACACAGAGCCUUCAGAGUCGGGGCCGUGCACCAGCAGCAGCCAUUUGACUCGUCACUGGAAAAGCCGCAGUUCCCCGGGGCCUCUGCUGAGUUUGUGGAUCAUCUUGAGUUCAUCCAGCCCAAUGUUAUCUCUGGGAUCCCGGUGUACCGAGUGAUGGACAGGCAGGGAAACAUCAUUGAUCCCUCUCAAGACCCUCAGCUCUCCAAGGAAACAGUUUUGAAUUUUUAUCAGAAGAUGACUCUGCUGAACACAAUGGACCGCAUUCUCUACGAGUCUCAGAGACAGGGUCGGAUCUCUUUCUACAUGACCAACUAUGGUGAAGAGGGGACGCACAUUGGUAGCGCUGCUGCUCUUGACCCAAGUGACAUUGUCUUUGGUCAAUACAGAGAAGCUGGAGUUUUGAUGUACCGUGGUUUUCCUCUGGACCUGUUCAUGGCUCAGUGCUAUGCCAACGCAGACGACCUCGGCAAAGGCCGGCAGAUGCCUGUUCAUUAUGGCUCCAAAGAUCUGAACUUUGUCACCAUCUCGUCUCCUCUGGCCACUCAGAUUCCCCAGGCGGCUGGAGCUGCAUAUGCAGUCAAGAGAGAAAACAUGAACCGAGCUGUAAUCUGUUAUUUUGGAGAGGGAGCGGCGAGCGAAGGUGACGCACACGCUGGCUUCAACUUCUCUGCCACCCUCGAGUGCCCUAUGAUAUUCUUCUGUCGUAACAACGGCUACGCCAUCUCCACCCCCACCAAUGAGCAGUACAGGGGAGAUGGUAUCGCUGCUCGUGGUCCGGGUUAUGGCAUGCUGUCCAUCCGUGUUGAUGGUAACGAUGUGUUUGCUGUUUACAAUGCAACAAAGGAGGCGCGACGCAGGGCUGUGGCUGAGAACCAGCCAUUCCUUAUUGAAGCUAUGACCUACAGAAUCGGUCACCACAGCACCAGCGACGACAGCUCAGCUUACCGCUCAGUGGACGAGGUGAACUACUGGGACAAGCAGGACCAUCCCAUCUCCAGGCUGAGGCACUACAUGACGGCCCGUAACUGGUGGAGCGAGGACGACGAGAGGAGCUGGCGGAAGCAAUCCCGCAAGACGGUGAUGGAGGCGUUUGAGAGGGCCGAGAAAAGGCAGAAGCCCAAUCCUGAGCUGAUGUUCACUGAUGUGUACGAGGAGAUGACGCCCGGUCUGACCAAGCAGAGGGAGUCAAUGUGGAGGCACGUGCAGCAGUACAAAGAGCACUACCCACUUGACCUUUAUGAUAAAUAACCGCAAGAACAACGUGGAACGAGUGGUAAUGUGGUGAACAAACAUGGGAGUGGGAGCGGAUUAAGACUGGGAUGAACCUGCUGCACUCUUAGUCAUAAACUAGUCAUAAAAUCAUAGGUUUGACAUGACGUGUUUUCUCUUCCUACACAACAGAGGGAGAGGAGACACAUUGUGCUUUCAAAUAUAUCUUCUACAUGCCUCUGGGUUUGGUGCCUUAAAUUAAUAGAUACACUGUAAGUUCCUCUUGAAGUGCUCAAUGUCACACACCUUACAAAAGGUAUUUGAAUGUCACAAAUGUUGUAGUUCAAACAAUAGAAACACACAAAUAGAGCAAUAAACCAGUGAACUUUAACCUCUUGUGUAUGUUCCCUUUCCUGUAACUCUCCUUCAGUAGUUGUGAUCUUUUUACAGGCAUCCUUGUGUAUCAUUGGGAUGUUUAACGUGUUUAAUAACUUUCCUCUGUUAAUGGUUUUUAGUGUGCAAACGCAGUUUAGAUGAGUUUGUAUGCUGUAGCGCUGUUACAC